UUUAGCUUCGCUCAGAGGGAUCAUGGGAAUACAUGUGGACGGAGGGAAAUUCGAAAUAUUUCAUAAAAACUGUACAUUACCGUACCUAUGUAGUUCAUUUUACUCGUGCCCAGUUGUAUGUAUGUGUGUGUAACAAGACAGAGGACUGAGAUGCGGUUUAGAGGCACAUUACGGCGUUUGAAUGGUGGAAUUAACCUAGCUAGCUAACUUAAGCUAGCCAGUUAUACUGGAACAUAAACAAGAAGACAGCACACAGCAGUUAUGCCUAGAUGAUUCCUCUAUAAUCAAUUACGGGACAUUUGCGUUUCCUCAAAAAUGGAGUUGAAGUUGGAAGUUGUCCUGUCAUCCAGCAUCAAAAGAAAGAAACCAUGGCCGCGAUUCUGCUGGCUUGGUCAGGAGAAGGAGGCUGUCUUCCUGUUGGAUGACAAGCGAAUCAGUGAAAUCAACAUGGUGACUGGUCGCACUAAGAAAAAGACCCCUAAACUACAUCCCUUGCUCAAUACUGUGGUCACUAUGGCAGCAUCUCAGACAGGUGCAUGGCUUGCUGGACUGCUGGUAUCAGGGGAGCUGUUUCUAUGGAACAGGGAUAAGGAUUGGUUGAAAACUGCUUCAGCAGUGCCAGAAGUAGCACAACUGAUUGCUUCUGUUAAAGGGAGUGCUCCCCGUUUAGCCCUCCAUGUCUCAGGGGACGGGAUGCGUGUGGUUCUUGCAGCAGCUACAGGGCACAUAUACCUGUGGGAGUGUGCUGACGUCAGGGGUCUGAACGGGGUGCGAGAUGGGGUCGUCAGGGGACGCUGGGCACACAUACAGCCCGCUGAAGAUGCUGCUCUGCCUUUGCUCAAAGAUAAAGAAGCAAGCCAGCAAGGCAUCUUUGUCAAGAAUGAGGCUGUUGGUGAUAUCUUCUUAUCAGCAUGGGUGUUCACAUCUGGGGACAAGCUAACCAUCACCUUCCUGAAAAUCCGAUGGGAGGAGGUGCUGGCGAGAGAAGUUUGUGGUGUAGAUUACAGCGUCAAGUGGGCCACCAAGACGUACCCCAUGGCCAGUCUCACUCCGCCCUGUAAGCCAGUGAAGUCCAGAGGGGCACUGGUGCCGACCCUGUCCCCUGAUGGUCGACUGCUCGCUGUAGCCUUAAACCAGAGAGACCCCAGGGCUACACAGGUUCUCUUUGUUAGCACACAGAACUUUGUGUCAAUAGCCAGAGGAUUAGGCGGAUGUGGGAGCAAGAACUUGACUAUCCCUUCUAAAUAUUUAAGAUCCUACUGGGUGGGCAGUGUGAGCUGGUCUCCCACAGGGCUCUUCCUGGCUUGUGUUCUGAAGAGAGGGUCCCUUCUCAUGCUGGCACGGCUCGGGGAGCUGCUCAGUCUGUCCAGCUCCGGCUGCAACGUCGACUUUGGGCCCGCCCACUUCCUACCACUGCACCCUCUGGUCACCUACAGGCCGCCAGAGUCCUCCCGGGGAGCGGAGGCCUCUCUCUCCAGCUCCAGCGUGUCCUUCUGGGACGUCCUGAGGCAGCGCUUCUCCGUGACCUGGCACCCCCGGCUCUUCUACCUGGUGGUGUCCGACGGCUACAUGGUCACGGUGCUGCGGCUGCUGGACCGGGCCACCCCGGCGCUGCUCAUGACCGGCCUGCUGCAGGAGGCCAGCAGGGACAUGGAGGGCACCGUCCAGAGGCUGGAGAAGACCCAGACAAAUAUUAGGGCGUGGUUGGACUCUGUGUCAUGCCUGGGCAGCCAGAAGGAGGAAAUGGAUCCCUCUGUUAAGUCUGGACCCAAUACGCUCCACUCUAAGGCACCUUCACCGGCCCAUGCCAGCUCUCUACCUCUCUUCCUGCAGGACCAGGGAACCAUGAGUGACACUCGCGAGCUACUUCACAAAGCACAGGCUUUUUUCGAGGACGACUCCGAUGUCGACGUGCGUGCGGCCGGUUCGCACCGGGAAGACGGCGGCGUAUUAGAGUUCGCCUCCAUGUUCGACACGCUCCACGCCAGGCCGCGCCCCCACUCGACCGGGUCCUUCGGGGGGCCCGCGGAUCCGCAGGAUGACCCACCGGCGACCUGGGACUCCUUCUCAGCCACCUGCCCAGAGAAGAAGACAUCUUGGUCUAUGAGGACCCUGGGGGGGGUCAAGGUUCACCUGCUGACCGCCUGGGCUCUUGGGCUGUCUCUGGGAGGAGCGUCUGAGGAGCACCAGUACCUCCUGACCCACACCGUCCGCCUUGUGCUACGGCUGGCCGCCUUGCUUCAUUAUACCGCCAGCACCACAUCCAGCACUGGCGUUUGCGGCAGCUCUCGCGUCUCACAGCUUUUCAGUGCCUUCCUUGUGUUCCUCUCCUGGGACGCGUUCCACCCCGGCGGUCAGAGUCGCCUGGCGUCGGUGGUGGAACUCACCCACAAGCUGGCACAUCUGCUGCUGUCCCCGCUACCCGAUGCCUGGCCCAAGGGUCGCUCCGGCUCCCAGUUCUCGUCCCAGAGCAUAUCCAGCGCCCUGCGCGUUGUGCGGCAGGGGGCAGACAGUCUAGACCACGCCUACACUCUCCAGCAGAGACAGGUCUGGGCGUCUGCACCUCAGGGCUCCGGUAAGGACAGACCCACAGAGCUCUGGUCUUCUGAUGUUUACCGUGUGCCUCUCCUACAAGACUUGAACGACGGGGGGACUGAAUUCAGUCAGUCGCUGCCCGUUCCUCAACGGCCGUCUAGCAGGCUGCUGGGGGCGUGGCAGUGGCUCUACAGCAUCACCCAGCGCUACGUGGAGGAGCUGCAGGGCCUCGCGGGCUGCGACGGCUGGGCGGAGGAGCAGGGCCGGGCGUCCGUCGUGCUGUCCCAGAUUCAGGAGGCUCUCCAGGGCACAGGGGCCAGGCUGGAGGACGGACGGGCCCUGCUCAGCUGUCAAGGAGAACGUCACUUCUUGUUUGGGUCGUACGCCGAGAGCGCAGACGCGUGGAGGUCAGAGAUGUGGACCGAGAGGAACAUAAGUAGUGAACGCAGCGUGUUCCAGGAGACGCGGCUGUGCCUGGCCAUGCUGUACGGACUGCUGUUCCAGUACCGUCUGAGGGAAGCCCAGGCCCUGGGGGACCGCAUGGCCCGGCUGGUGAUCGACCCUACCCCCCACCGCCCGCAGAGCACUGACCCCACAGAAGGCGGGGCCCAGUGGGAGUCCUGGCUCCCGGCGGACCUCCACCGGGACGCGGCCCGCGCGGCGGUGCAGACCCUGGGGAGGUUCAUGGCCUCCUACUUCACCAACCAGCCCCUCUGCAUCCUGCCGCCGCACAGCGUGGAGCUGCUGCCUCCGCUCCACCUGCCUCACGAGCCCUCCCUGGGUCGUCUGGUGCCCCUGUGCCAGGAGAGGGUCUCCCGGGCGGUGAGGGAGCAACACGUGUCUGACGUGUGGACGGUGGACUACGCCCAGGACCUGCUGCUCAUCGGCGGGCUGCUGCCCGAGGCCGUGUGGCUGGCCGACCGCCUCGGAGACUGGAAGACCGCCGCCUCGCUCAGCCUGGCUUAUACCAGCUACCGGGACGAGCACUCUCCCGGGGUGUGGUUGAGAGAACUCCAUUUCCCAGCAGCCUUAGAGACAGGAAGUAUUUUUCAGGAUCAGCUGGAUUUUCUUCUCAGUCGAAACGCAGACUCAAAUGAGACCGAAGGAGGCUGUUCCCCGGAGUGGUCGGAGGGCGAGGACUGGGACGUUGUGCAGGACUCGGUGCAGGAGAUCCUGAAGGCCUCUGUCAUGGCCGGGGUGGACGUGGUCUCAGGGCUGCUGUCUGACCUCAUGGAGUCGGCUAAGGCCCUGUCCUCCUGUCUGCCUGCCCUGGUGCCCCAGGAACUCUACCUCCCUGCCCCUCCACUGUACUGCCCCCAGCCCGCCUCUAACACACAGGACCCUGCGGGGACGGGGGGCCGUCCCUCGGAGGUCCCCUCCCGUCACAGGGUCUCCGCCGUGCUCCAGAGGCUGCUGCUGCUGCUGAGGUCCGCUCGAUGCUGCCGCCCCGCGGCCCAGUGGUACAUCAGCCAGCUGCGACGCGCCAGGCACCUCCAGUACAAGAUCAAGAAGAAGUACGGCCACCCGUGUGCUGCUGAAGAGGAGGGGGUGCUCCCAGAGGGGCUGGGGAACCUGGUGAACCGCGCUGGGUUCUUCAGGAAAGGCCCCCAUAGAGACGGCCAGCUGGACCCCGUCACCAUCCAGACUAUAAGCUGCUUCAGGGACCUGUGUGGGCUCUGCUGGCUGCUUCACGUCAGGGACCAGCUGUCUAUAUCCUGUCGGAGGUAUCAGGCAGCAAGGCACGCGCAGAGAGACUCACAGGAGUUUGACGACCCUGAGAUGAUCUCUUCCUGCAUGGAAGCGGUCCACUGGGCCUGCAGACUGCUGCCCUUCUCUCGCUUCCUCAACGCAGAGGAGAUGCUGCAGGACGUCCUGCUCAGCCUUGUGUCCGAACUACCGCCCCUCUCUAUGGUGGCAGACACUCUGGUCCGGGCGUUCCCAGCAGAAGAGGAAUCGGUGCGGGUUCCUCUGAGGGAGAAAUACCACUCUCUGCUGGAGAGACUGAAGAACUGCACAGUGCUUGGAGACCCCGGGGAGUCGAGCAGUGAGGUCAUGAUGGUCACGCUCCAAGUCAAGAGGAGGCAGAGGAGGAAGGACCUGCAGCGCCUGCAGAGACACCUGGCCCCGCCCCAGCUCUUCCUGUGGGAGAGGGAGGAGGAGGAGGACAACAGAGGUGGAGGAGGAGGAGGAGGAGGUGGAGGUGGAGGAGGAGCAGGGGGAGGCGGCCGGGGAACGGCCCUCCCGGGGCACCUCUCCCUGGGGACCAGUCUAAGUGCCAGCCCCCUGACGGACCGGGGGCAGCCCAUGGUGUACAGCGACGGAGACACGGCGGAGAACACAUCAGAAGCUCUGUCUACGGACCUGCCGUCCACCACCACCGCCAGCAAACGCGUACAAGACAGCGUCAAAGCAAAGAAAGCUCCCUCCAAGACGCACAAGGUCCUCCGAGCGGAGCGGGACAGGGUCCCGGGCCCCUCCAGGCAGCCCGAGGCCCCCCAGCCAGAUCCUGACCGCCCCGCCUUACCCACGGUCGGCACCUGGGAGUUUGAGCUGGACGACGAGGAGUACCCGCGUUUCCUGGAGCUCUUCCUCAGCUACGUGCUGGAGAAGGACGGCUCCGGGGCCUCGGGGGGCGAGGACGUCUGCGAGCUCCCCCUGCUGCAGGGCUUCACCGCCCCACUGCGGGAGCGCGAGCUGCACUCCCUCACCUUCGACGUGCUCUCCACGCUGCGCCGCCGCCAGCGGGACGGGGGCCACGCCGGCAGGAAGCCGCCCGGGACGGGCCCCGACGGGCCCCGGCCCGUGUUCAGGGCGGGACACUGUUACAGAGCCGCCCCUGUUCACGAGGCCGCCCGAUCGGAGCCGCCGUCCUCCGUGGCCUCCACCCAGCCGUCCGUGGCCGCUCUGCCCGGGCUGAGCCCUGGGAGGCAGCAGGGUCUGUUCGGCCUCCAGCAGCAGCAUCGGAAGGCUUCUCCAGCUCCAGGGUGGAGCACCAUGGGGGGUAGCGUACGCUCGGCCCUGAGCCCCAGACAGAGCGACGUUCCCUGGGAGAACCUGUCCGAGAGCUGGGCCUUCGGCACGCCCGUUUCCACGGAGAUACGGGCGGAUCUGCAGCACGGCCUGGACUCCAAGUUGGAGGCACAGUUCCCCGAGCUGGGCCGCCUCUUGGAGUGGAUGGUCCGCUGGGCCAAUAAGAGGACACCGCUCGGAAACCAUGGCAUGAUGAAUAGGAAGAAGAAGAAGAAGAAGAGCGGACCAGAGGAUGGAAGCCCUGACGGAGGGGCGUCUGACGGCGGGGUGGUGAUCCGGGUCCAGGCGUCCGCCCCGGCCGUGCUCACGGCGCUCAGCCUGCUGGAGCUUAGGCGCUCCGCUGCCCUCCUCCCGCGCGCCGACCCCGCUCCCGGGCCCCCGCGGACCCCUGUGGCAGAGCCACACGUCGGCUCGGCCCCGGCGCUGCUGCCCGAGGCGGGCUGGAAGCAGGAGGGAGAGGGCAGCGUGGACACGGGCUACCCUGGGUCGACCCACACCCCGGUCACAAUCCCGGAUGCCCGGCUGAUGCCUGUAGAAGACCCGUCGUUCGCAUCAGAAGAGGUGACGGAGACGGGGGCUUCUCGAAACACAACGGACCCCACCGCCCAGGAAGCUGUAACCUAUGACUCUGAGAUGGGGACGAUGACAUCACAGCAGCCCUCACUGUGUGACCAUGUUGUAGCUGAGGAAGGAGAGCCCAGCAGUGCCAGUCAGGACACAAGCGCCCUGUCUGUUCUUUCUGUUGAUAAGCUCUGUGGUAACACCCAAUCACUUGAUACAGUUCUGAAACUGGAGGAUCUUCGUUGUUCGGAGAGAGUCGGGGAAGCAUCCGGUGCAACUUCACAUGCUCCCAGCAUCCCCGCCGGGCCAGGAGCGCCCAGUGAGCCCGAGCCUCCAGCCGUCCCCCCAGUGAAGGAAGCCCAGGGUGGGCCUGCACCACCUCGGCCCUCCGACCGGCCCACCCCGCUCACCGUCGAUCCCCCAGCUGACCCUCCUCCUCGCCCUCAGCCCUCGCAGUCCUGCGGAACCGCGGCUCCCCCCCCCGUCGCCAUGGUGACCAACGACCCUCCAGCCCCUCAGGCUGAGCCUGUGAGGCAGCUCGUGAACGAUGAGCUCUUCAGGAUGGUCCAGUUGCAGCAGAUCAACUUCAUGAGCCUCAUGCACAUGGUGGGCUCCACCUUCGCCAGCCUCCCCUACAUGCAGCUGGCCCAGUCUAACGCACUCCCGUCGCAACCGUCAGCGGCUCAGCCCGGCCCCUUCCCACCCCCUCAGCCAAACACCUUCCUCCCUCCGGUCCGCACCGACACCUACGAACAGCUUCAGACUCAAGCUGGCGUCCCACUGCGCUCUGGACGCAGCGAUGUUCUGCCCAAUCUGGCAUCCACUCACAAUGCUUCAGCCGGGCCGGAGCCAGACAGGCGGACGGACCAUUCUUCCACUUCCAGGAAUCAUCCCGGCAACAUCGACAGCGCAGAGUCGAUGCAGCCGUUGAGGGUACAGGCCGAGGCCCCAGGAAGUCCUCCGGGAGAGAGUCGGCGGUUGACCCAGACCUCCCAGGGGCCACAGGCCACCCUCGACCGCGAAGAACCUCUCCCCUCCAUCCCCAUGACUUCACCCUCUGACCUCGACACCACCAGCCACGGCACUCCCUCCCUCCUCCACCCGGGGCUCAAGCUGCUCCGUCUUCCCCCUCCGCCCGAUUCCCCCGUCCGACAGGCCUGGGCGCCCGAGGCUCCAAACAUCGGCCCUCCCCACCCCGACCGACGCGCAUGCGCCGAAGACCGGGCAGCCUCGUUCUGGGCAAACGAAGAAGAAGAAGCAGGAGACGAAGAGGAAGUGUUGUUUGCUCCACCAGCACGCCACAGUCAAUCUUCAGCCAUGGGCUCUGGACGUAGGAGAACCCGGGCGUCAGGGCCCUACUCCAGGACCUCCCAGAGGGCAGAGAUGUCACCGCUUCCCCACCCUGACCUUCCAGCCCGCGGGGCCCCGCCGGUGGCAGGGCUCCGCCUGCUCAGCUGUCACUCCCCGACGGCCCCCACCCCAACCGCGUUCCCCCAAGUCGCCCGACCGUCCACCCACAGACCGGUCAGCACCCUCAUCCCUGCUUUCAGCCAACCACCACCGCCACCACCCACUAUCCAGCUGCUAUACAUCGACCCUGAACCAAGAACGGUGUUUCCCCGCUCCACUCCUGCACCCGAAAUCAACUAUGUGGACCUUCUGCAGGACCUGAGGAGACUAGACCCUGAGGUCAGGACCCCGUCAGGCCUCCAGCUGAUCUCAGCGAACCCACCACCAGAGAACCGAAGCGCAGCAGCGCUCCUUGACGUCUCGCUCUCUUCCCGCAAAACUAGGAGUAGAAAGGACAGGGCGAAGACCGGAGAGAAAGUCACAUUCAGACCGGAGGAGUCGAUCAUUCCCACCCAAGAGCCAAACGAUGGACGUGCCAGUGAUCAGUCUGCAGUUGGCAGAGACUUGGCUGUUCCCUUUGAUGAUCCCCUGCUUGUGGGUCAGAGGUUAAUGGACAAGGCCUACGCCACCUCAGCAGAGCUCCACGCCUUUGCCUCCACACACAAGAGCCCGCCAGAGAGCCAUGACGCCUUCACCAACACGGAGCCCGCUGGGCAGGCUAAACUUGUGGAUAAAGCUGUAUCUGCAAUUGCUUCAAACCCUGAAUCACAACGGCCUUCAUUGGUCUCACCACCAGAGGUGUUGAUGAACCACUGGCUACCCAGAGAGAGCCCUGUCCGGGACACAGAGGAGAGCCAGAAGGGACCCCAGCAGAACCAGGAUUCGCCCGGCCGGCAGUUCCUGAACGUAGUGGACCUGGAGGAAGAGGAGGAGUCUCCGCUCAGAGGCCCCGCCCCCGGGUCCCGCCCCAGGUCCCAGCAGGACAUACAGCACCCGGCUCCCUCUGCAGCCCAGCUCCACCUCAUCGCAGCCGCCGUCGUGAGCAACGCCGCCGCCGCCGGGGCGAGGACCUCAGACACACCCGCCGGGGAGAUGGCUGAGACCGUACCUCCACCAGAUCUCCCAGACCCCCCUCUCGUCACGUCCACCGGCGAUCGUGUGACGGACGCUCUACUCCAGGGCUGGCCGGGUCCCCCUCACACCGCUAGGGCCCCUGAACCACAGAGCCCCGGGCCCCUGGGGGCCUCGACCGGGCCCCUGGGGGCCUCGACCGGGCCCCAGGCGGCUCACUUCUCCAGCUGCCUGACGGAGAUGGACGCCCAGCUGGCCGCGCUGCAGAGCAUCGCCGACCACAUGGAGACAGAGUUCGUCCACUCCAGGAUGUUGGUGCCCACCAUCGACACAUUGACUCCGGUCUCGGCUCAGGGACUCGAAAGCAAGAUGACCCAGAGCAAAACAGUCAGCCUCUUCCUCCCAGACAAAGCAUGGCGGUCACCCUCUCGUGCUAACAAAGAGAAUAUGUCUGAAGGAAGGCAGCGAGGACGCCGUGAAAGUCAGACCGACUCAUCAGCUGCUAAGAGACAGUCUCUCUCUCUCUCACCCCUGUCUCCGAACACCCAUAGAGGAGCUCCGUCCAGCCCUCGUACCCCUACAAGCAUUAAAGACCACAAGUUCCCCGAGGCAACCAGGAUGUCGGUGGACAGCAGUCUGGGGCUCAGCGGGCUGAGUGACAUGACUGAUAUCCUGGGGGAGCUGGUGAGGGAGGGGGCCCUCUCGCCGUCUGACCUGGAGGUGUCCCACGCCCAAGCUGCUCGUCUCCACGGACUGCAGCGUCAGCAGCAGCUACAGCGAGCGGAUUGGUCGCUGCGGAGCCGUGCGGCCGAUGACCGGGAGAGCGGGAAGGAGCUGCGGACCUGGAUGAAGAGGAAGCAGCGAGAGAGACAGGCCACCUACCAGAAACAGCGGGAUGAGAUGAGGCAGCGGGAACACCGGCCGUUUGCCAGCGCCAAACCACUGAAUACCACUUUCACUUUCCAGGCUGCGGUCAAGAAAAUCAAAGAUGAUAAAGAGAAGGUGGUGCUUCUGGAGCAGUACAACCAGAGGACCAGGGAAGCCUGUCUGUUGGUCAGUGAUCUGCCGCCAGCUACGUUGACCGUGCCCAGCGCCGCUCGGACAGGAAGUGCUCUCUCCCCCUCUUUUAUGCAACCCGCUGCAGCACACAUCUCCGCAAGUUCAAGACCCAGACCCAAGGACCAGUCAAGACCAUCACAGCCCCUCUUUUAUCCCUGGGAACAGCCUGUACAGAAACAAAGAUGGCGAUCAUCUUUCGAGAACCAGCAGAGAUUUGGACUACAUAGACCAGUGAGCACCCUGCCGAAGGACCGUCUGUCUCAGGUGACCCGGCGCGGUAUGAUCAGCGCCAAUCAGGGCCGAGCACCGCACAGGGAAGGCCCAAUCAAAUCGGCGAUGAACAGAUCUCCUUCCAGAGCGCCCGCUGCUGGAUGGAGAGAGAGGAGAGACGAGAUGGAGAGAGAAGAGAGGGAGGAGAUGGAGAGAGAAGAGAUUGAGAGAGAGGAGAAUGAGGCAUCAAGCUCAUGGGGCCCGCCCCUGGAGAUCCCCAGACACCUGAAUGUGAAGGAGCCUAAAACAGGUCUGGCUGGGCUGUCUGAAGAUGAGGAGGAGGCGGAGGAGGAAGGAGCCGAAGGGAUGUCUUGGUUGGAGAGGCUCUCUGACACUGACACAAGUAACCUCAGCAAGAUCGACUGGGCUGAGAUUGAAAGACUGGUAGCCACAGAGGAAAUUUGAAGAAUACUUUCCAAAGUGCUUUCAUGACUUAUAAUUGUCAAGCCUUAGUACACAGACUUUUUGUUAUUUAAAAAUAUGUGCCUUUACACAAGCACCGCCUCAACACAUUUUUGGAAUUGCCUAUUUAUAAGGUAAUUUAGGCUUGAUAGAUACAGCAAGAUAUGAGUUUGUUCUACUGCAAUGCAGUAUGUUAUCAUUUUAUAUCUGUCGGCUUAUUUUAGGUCAUUGUGUGACUAUUAUUUGUUUCAGUAAAGUGAUUAGGAGAGAAUAUUUUGUAUUUUUAUAAUUUAUUUGUGAAUAAAAUUUUGUUGUACUAAAAUCGUUUUUUUUUUAUUCAUCAUCAA